CUGUCAACGUCAAACAAAUGCCAAAAAAAUUACACAACAACACUGCGGAUCGGGUUUGGAACUAUUUCUAAUUGAUUAUUAUAAUAAAUUACCAAUAUAAUGUCACUAACACUACUUCUAGAAAAGUACGACGUAUCUACAGAAGAAGGUCUACAAAAAGCUCUCGGUGAAAUUGAGAAGGAAGAGUGUGAAGUAAAUGAAGCUCUUUGCAAUGCAUUGUCCCGAGCAUGCACACUGGAGGGGAAGUUGCGAACUGCCAGCCAGGCUUACACCAAGCUGGGAGAAGUGAAGAAUGAUGCACAAGUAGCUGCUGACAUGGUGGACAAGACUGCACUCUUGGCGAGAGAUGUUAGUGCUAAAGUGCGCCAGUUGGACCUUGCUAGAUCUCGUGUGGCAGAGUGCCAGCGCAGAGUGCACGACCUGAUAGACCUGAGGGUGUGCAGUGCGGGUGUGGAUGCAGCUAUCAAAGCACAUGACUAUGAAACAGCGGCGGGCCAUGUGGCGCGCUUCCUCAGCAUGGAGCCCGGCUCGGUGGCGGCGGCGCGCGCCCGGGGCGCCCCCGACCCCCGGCGUGAUAUGGACGCAGCCGCUAAUACCUUACGGGAUCAUUUGGUUCGCAAGUUUGAGGAAGCAGCUAAGAAGGAGGAUGAAACUGCCAUAGAGCGCCUGUUCAAACUGUUUCCUCAGAUCGGACGCGCGGAGGAGGGGGUGGAUCUGCUGGCCAAGUAUCUUGCUUCUCAAUUGGAGGGAUCAAUCCGGCGCGCAGCCACAGUGUCUGAGCUGCGGCUGGACGCGGCCGUGUUCGCCGACUCGCUCACGCGCGUGGUGGAGUGCGGCGCCGCCGCCGUGGAGCGAGCGAGACGGCUACUGGCCUCCGCCACCGCGCCGCCGCCUGUGCAGGCGCAUUGCUUGUUGCCGCGAGCCAUCGCUCUCAUACAACCUACGAUUUGCGCGGGUGUCCGCCGCGUGAGCCAGCAAAUGAUCGCGGCACGGAAGUUGGUGGUGACGGAGAAGACUGACCCCUUAUCAGUGGAGCAUUCCCUCAAUGAGUUGGCUCUGGCUCAUUCGCGGCUCCAGCUCUACUUCGGCUUCUUGAGACGACGGCCCGAGUUGGACACAAGUAUGGACGAAGUAUCCAAGGCGGCCUGCUUGGAAGCCAUCGAGAAAAUAAUAUCAGACUGUGACAUGACGCGGACCACGCAAGACGUGCUCAGCCACUACCUGACGCUCGAGAGGUAUUUUCUAGAAGAGAGUGUGAACAAAGCGCUUAAGAUGUCCACCUCGCAGGCUGGGGCUACCACCUCCAGUUUGGUGGAUGACGUAUUCUUCAUCGCCAGAAAGGUCAUCAGACGCAGCAUAUCGACGGGUAGCGUGGACGGCGCGUGCGCGGUGCUCAACGAAGCGGGCGCGGCCCUGGAGCGCUGCGGCACUGCGCUGCGGCGCCGCCUCACCUCCCCGCCGCUGGACCCGCUGCCCUUCCCCGCGCCACCCUCGCACCAGCAGGCCACCCUGGCGCCGCUCACCAGGCUCGCGGCCUCGAGGGACCUCGACGCACAGCGUGCGCUCUACUUGGCGCACAUGAACGAAGCGGAGGCGGGCGCGGAGUGGUCGGAGCGGCUCGCGGACGAGGCGUGCCGCGAGGCGGAGGCGCUGUGCCGCGCUGCGUCCGCGCGCGCCAAGCUGCGCUCGUGCGCCGCGGGGCUGGGCGCGGCCGCCGCGGCCUUCCGCGCGGCUCACGAGCUGGCCCUCGCGGCCCUGCGCGCCGCGCUCAUGCCCACUGGAGCCGAGUGGGCAGACGCGCUGGUCGACCCCGAUACUGACAUCGAGGAGCUAGAAGAAGAGGCGGGAGCCUUGCCCGCAGCCCUGGAGGUGUUGGCCGAAGAGGCGCGGCUGCAGAUACCUAAGGCCGCGGAUGCUUUAAUGGCUGCCGUGUUGGCGGACCUGUUGACCAGAGCCGAGAAAACUAUGUUGAAGAAUCACUAUGAUCGGCGCGGUGGUAUCUGCGUGGAGCGGCGCUGCCGGCGCGUGGCGGCGUGGGCGGGCGGCGGCGCGCCCGCGGCCCGUGAGCGCGCGGGAGCGCUGUGCGCCGCGGCCGCGCUGCUCGCUGUGGAGCGACUCGCGCACGUGGCCGAUGCUCUACCGCCCAACGCCCCGCUGUCUCCCGCUAGAGUGAGAGACGUGCUGGCUCGCAGGACGGACUUCAAACUAGAGGACAUCAAACGCCUAAAAUUAUAAAGGAGUGUACCUAAUUUAUUUGAAAAUGUUAUAAUUUAUAUCGUUAUGUAGUCUUCAUACCAACAAUUAAAAUCUAUCAUAUUA